UAUGGCCAUUUUGAAUUUACCGCUAGAAAGAAAACUGUAGGGCUUUUUACGAAAAAAAAAAAGAAAGAAAUAAUUAUUAUUUAAAUUGCACUAUGAAUUGGUCCCUGAUCAUUUCAAUACUAUUAAAUUGUCUACGCCCUGGCUUAAGUAUCGUCUUAAAUGAUGAUUGCCCAACACUCUCCGAUGCCGACAGUUUGUCACAGACACAAUUAAUAAAUCGUCUGACACAUGGAUGUCGCUAUGAUCGUUUGGAGCGACCCAUUACAUAUUCGGUGACAGGUCAACGUUUACCGGUCGAUGUAUAUAUGCGGGCAUAUAUAUAUUUUAUGCAAAAUUUAGAGGCACACGAUUUACAGUUUAAGAUCUAUGCUUUACUGCAGAUGCGUUAUCUGGAUCCUAGACUGGCAUUUCGUAAUGUAUCACCAAAAAGACGUCAGCCCAUUAUGGGAGAGCAACAGUUAAGGGAUUCCAUAUGGAUGCCUCAUAUAUUUCUAGCAAAUGAAAGAGAUUCCAAUACUUUGGGCCUUACGGAGAAAGAUAUUUUGACUUCAAUCUCACCGGAUGGCACCGUGAUUGUGUCGAAUCGCAUUAAAGCCACACUAUAUUGUUGGCUAAAUCUGAAGAAAUUUCCAUUCGAUGAGCAACAUUGCUCCACAGUGCUAGAAAGUUGGAUGUACAACACCUCUGAAUUGGUAUUACAUUGGGAACAGAAACGUCCGAUUACCUAUGAUCCGGAUUUGCAUUUAACUGAAUUUGUAUUACAAAGUUCAUGGUUCAAUGAGACGGUGAUCAAUGCUGAUUUAAGUGAUUUACGGCAUGGAGCAUUCGCUGGCAAUUAUAGUUCGCUUAGCUUCACUGUCCAUCUUACCCGUGUAGUGGGUUUCUAUUUAAUGGACUAUUUUCUACCAUCUAUGCUAAUUGUGGGUAUUUCAUGGGUAUCAUUUUGGUUACAAGCGGAUCAGGCACCGCCAAGAAUCACCUUGGGCAUUAGCACAUUAUUAACAUUUAUUACACUCGCCUCGGCACAGGGAAAAACUCUACCAAAAGUCAGCUAUAUUAAGGUUUCGGAAGUUUGGUUUCUCGGCUGUACGUUAUUCAUUUUUGGCAGCAUGGUGGAAUUUGCCUUUGUUAAUACGAUUUGGCGUCGCAAACAGAAUGUGCCGCUCAAGAAACUAAAUAGUAAGCACAUUUUAAAGUCCACCAUAUCGCCACAUUUGCUUCGUCGUCGUAGCCAAAAUCAUGCUCGGUCUCGUUCCUUUUCGGGUAGCGUACCUCGACAAUCAGACGCAAUGUCCUUAACUAGUGCCAAUGCGCCGUUUAAUAAUUAUCUAACGGUCAAUUUACCUAUUACAACCAUUACCGAGGGCCAAGUCUUAUCUCAUCAGACAACUAGGCAAAAGAAUAUUAGUUUUCAAACAUCAUCAAGUCGCAGACUAGAGGUGGCAUUUAUAGAAAGUGCUUUGGAUGAUAAUACUGCAGCAAGCACAGCGAAAACUACAACUACAACACCUGCUUCAGCCCCAUCAACUAUUGAGGCAACACCACAGAGUCAUCCACCCACCAUUGGUAGUUGUAGUAGUAUUAAUAACAAUAUUAAUAUUAAUAAUAAUAAUCCAGAUAACAAUUUGGAAAUGGAUUAUAAUGGAUGGACAACAUUGACAUCCCAAGAGAUUGCCAUUUGGAUUGAUAGUCGGGCACGCGUUGUAUUCCCGGUGGCAUUUUUAAUAUUCAACAUGUUUUUUUGGACAUUUGUCUAUUUCAUUUAAACAAUUGUCAAAUGCUUUACACAAUGUUUUGUUUCCUUUUAGUAAAGCUUUCGUUUUAUUUGUUUUAUGUGCAAGUCGCUGUCUCAGUAGUCGAUCUUUGUUCUUAGUAUUGUAAUUUGAUGUUUGUUUAUUGUAUUUCUUUCGCAAUUAAAAUUGUUCCAAACUUUAAAUCUA